UCUGGCAGUUCGUGUCGUUUACGUUUACUCGGCAGACAUGUUCAGUUGGAGUGAAAUUUGGUGAAGUGCGGCAAAUUUGCGAGUGAUUUACAUUGUUACAUGCGUUUUCGGUCCUGUGAGUGCAAUCGAAGGUGUCCCGGGUGUGCCGGGUGGGAAGUGUCGUGCCUGUCUUCUAGGUCCCGAAACCAUGAGCUGGGGAACCGAACUCUGGCCUCAAAUACUUGUUUAUGAAAUAUUAGCAAACUUUUUGGACCAGUUCGAGAAUCUGUCCCUGCACACGCAAAAAGGGAUAGAAUUUCUAGAAAGAUAUGGACACUUUAUUCGUGACCGAUGUGCGAUAGAAGAAGAGUAUGCCGCUAAAUUGAGGCGGCUCGUGAAGACUUAUCAGCCCAAAAAGAAAGAGGAAGAAGAUUAUCAGUACAGCCCCUGUCGAGCUUUUAGGAAAGAAUUGAAUGAAGUGAAUGACCAGGCCGGACAGAGAGAAGUGAUCGCAGAAAAUCUGCAGGAUACAGUAUUACGAGAAUUGUAUAUUCUCGUCAAGGAAUUCAAGGAGGAUAGGAAAAAGUAUCUCCAGGAAGGCGCUAGACUCCGGGCAAGUUUGGCUGCCCAAAUCGGGAAUUUGGAGCGGGCAAGGAAAGCCUACGAAAAGGCUUUUCGAGAAGCAGAACGUGCCCUGGAAAAUUACCAGAGGGCGGAUGCUGACUUCAAUCUCUCGAGAGCUGAGGUGGAAAAGCAGAGGAUGAACAUGACUCUGAAAACUCAGCAGAGUGAGGAGGCGAAAACAGAGUAUGCGAACCAAUUGCAGAAAACGAACGAAAUGCAGACUCUGCAUUAUUUCACCGCGAUGCCGGAAGUUUUCGCACAUUUACAGGAAUUGGACGAGAAGAGAAUAAAAAACAUGCGAAACUACAUGUUAAAAUCGGUGGACAUCGAGCGAGCCGUCUCGCCGAUAAUUUCUCAGUGUCUCGACGGUAUCGAAAUAGCGGCUAACGAGAUCAAUGAAAAAACGGAUAUGUUUUUAGUGAUCGAACGCUACAAAAGUGGAUUUCAGCCUCCUGGUGAUUUCCCCUUCGAGGACCUCUCCGUCGCAAGAACCUACGAUAGUAAUAGUCAAUUGUCUCAACCUGUUAUGCAGCCAAUUCACAAUCACCUCACAGUUAAAGGCACCGUUUCCGGUGGCAAAAUCAAAAAAAGGGUCGGGAUCUUCAAUCUGUUUGGCAGUAAUAAGAAGUUGAUCGAGGUGUGCAUAUCUUUAAAGAACAAUGUGCCUGGAUAUGGUGACGGUGCUAAGGAGGAUUGUAGUGAUUUGCCUCCGAAUCAGAGGAAAAAGAGGUUGCAACAAAGGCUGGAUGAAAUUCAGGCGAAAAUUCAGCAGGAAACGGCGGCGAGAGACGGUCUUAUGAAAAUGAAGGGCGUUUAUGAACAGAAUCCUGCUCUUGGCGAUCCGAUGACUGUCGAAAGUCAAUUGAAUCAGUCGAGUAAUAAGCUCGAUAAAUUGGGGGCGGAAUUAAUCAAAUUUCAGGGGUAUCUAGAAGAGGCGAUGAAGGCGGGAGUCAGUUUGUCCAGUCCAAGUCAAGUUCAGCGAAAGCCGACAACGAACGGUUCAGUGACAAGACCACUGAGUUCGAGAAGAUCGAGUCAUUCAGGGGGAGAAGAAAGUCUUUCGAGGUCGGCCUCAGAUUCUAGUGUAAGCAACACGAAUGCCAAUCAACAGGAUAAUAAAAAAAGCGCACCUGGAACACCACAACCAACGCACGGUUCCACGAACAGCCCGGAGUCUGGCCUCGGAACUUCGCGGACGUCACUUCCUGGCAGUGGAGAAGAAUAUUAUGUCGAUGAAGUGGACGCUCAACCACCUCUUGGAACUUGCAGAGCUCUCUAUGCCUUCGAUGGAAUUAGCGAAGGAUCGAUACCGAUGUACGAUGGCGAGGAACUCUACAUGAUAGAAUUGGAUGCGGGCGACGGCUGGACCCGAGUGCGUCGAAUGUCUCAGCCAAUCGAGGGAUUCGUCCCGACAACUUACAUCGAGUGUCGUCCCUACGACACCUAGCCAUUGAAAAAAGGGUCCUUAAAUUAGACAAACAAAAAAGGUCCCAAAAACUAAAUUCCACACGUACUAAGCAGAUCAAUUUCACUGAGAAAAAGUAAAGAAGGAAUUUUCUCCACUUCCAAGCGAUCUCUUCAGGGCCUACGAACAAAACAACAAAUAAAAAAUAACAACAGGAAACAUCAACAGCAAGAAGAAGAAAAGAAAAAAGUAGAAACCGAAGCACCGCCGGCUCGGCUUUAAUAAAAGUGAUACUCUUUUUUUAUUCCAGCCCUAAAAAAUCCAGAUUUUUCACUCUGGAUUUUAUUAUUCCACGUGCCACGAAAUUUCCUGGAACAAGCAAAAAAAAAAAAAAGAAAAGAAAGAAAGAAAGAAAGAAAAAGACUCGUGCAAUAUUCGGAGAUGCAAAAUCUGGCAGAGUUGUUCACACUGAACAGAAGCUCCUCAACAAUUAUCGAGCUCUUUUUAUUUUUAAACUAAGGCCUGUACAUAUUGUCGAAUGGUUUACAA